ACAGGCGGAUUUUUGGCGAAAAAGCAAAGAAAUUUGGGAACAUUCCUCCUGUAGAGGGACCUUCCCGACUUACGACGUAAGCCUCGAGUGCCCGCGGCUGCCCUACGCGAGGCCCGGGCGCGCCCGGCCGGGGGCCGCUCGCCGCCAUGCCCGGUGGGGGGCCGCCCGCGGCGCGGCACCCCGUCGCGGAGCAGCUGCCGCUCGUGCUGGCCACCGCCGCCUGCACCGCGCUGGCGAUCCGCCUGCUGGACAGGGUCCGCCAGGGCGGCGGCCUCGUUCGGGGCGUCCUGGCGCUGCUCUGCGAGCACGUGCGCCCUGGCGCCCAGGCGGCCGCCCCCGUGGUCGAGCUGGCCUCCCCGGGCGAGCUCGAGGCCGCGUUCGCGCAGCGGGGCUGCGGGCUCGCCCUCGCGGAGGGCGCCACGCCCGCGAGCGAGGGCCAGCUCCUCGAGGCCGUGCGGCUGAUCCUGCGCUACUCCGUGCGGGCGAACAGCCCCUACUUCUUCAACCAGCUCUACGGCCGCUGCGAGCUCGCCUCGCUGGUGGGCGACUGGGUGUCCUCGGCGGUGAACGGCAACGUGCACACCUACGAGGUGGCCCCCGUCUUCACCCUGAUGGAGAAGCACGCCCUGGCGCGCGUGGCGCGCGCCAUCGGGCCGGCCUUCGGCGCCUCGCACGACGGGCUGUUUGUGCCCGGCGGCUCGCUGGGCAACGUCUACGGCAUGCUCCUGGCGCGCCACCGCGCGGCCCCGGGAAUAUUGCUGGAGGGCGCCUCCUCGGAGCCGCCGCUGGUGGCCCUCGUCUCCGACGAGGCGCACUACUCGUACCUGAAGACGGCCCGCCUGCUGGGCAUCGGCUCGGCACACCUCGUCUCCGUGGAGACGGACGCCGCGGGCGCCAUGCUCCCGGAGGCCCUCGAGAGGAGCAUCGUCGAGGCGGUGCGGGCUGGGAAGAAGCCGUUCUUCGUCGGGGCCACCGCUGGCACGACGGUGCUCGGGGCGUUCGACCCCCUGCCGGCGCUCGCGGCCGUGUGCGCGGAGCGCGGUCUGUGGCUGCACGUGGACGGCGCCUGGGGCGGCGGCGCGCUGUUCUCGCAGGCGCACCGCCACCUGCUCGACGGCUGCGACCUCGCGGACUCGUUCUCCAUGUCGGCUCACAAGAUGCUGGGCGCGGCUCUGCAGUGUGCGGUUUUCCUGUGCCGCCACCCUGGCGCUCUGAGGGCGGCCAACGCGACGAGCGCCGCGUACUUGUUCCAGCCGGACAAACUGCACGCGGACCUCGACGUCGGCGACAAGACCAUCCAGUGCGGGCGGAAGGCGGACAUGGUCAAGCUGUGGAUGCUGUUCAAGUCGCUGGGCGACGCCGGCUGCGCGGCCCGCAUCGAGCGGUGCUUCGCCCUCAGCGACUACGCCGCCUCCCGCAUGCGCAGCUCGGGCGGGGCAUUCGUGCUCGCGUUCGAGCCCAGCUGUACCAACCUCUGCUUCUGGUACGUCCCAGAGGCGAUGCGGCCUCUGCCCCCCAAAGAGCGCCUGGACAAGGACCACCCGAUCCACCAGGUCGCGCCAGCCAUCAAGGCCGCCAUGCAGAGGGGCGGUCACGCCAUGAUCGGCUUCCAGGCCGUGAGGGGCCUGCCGAACUUCUUCCGCUGGGUGUUCCCUUCGUGUGUCGGCGUUGAGGAGUGUCACAUCGACGAAAUCUUGCGGUGGAUGUCCGUGUUCGGGGAGCAGCACUGUCUGCGGUAGGCAGCAGUUUGCAGGCGUGGGAGGGCGAUCGCACAUUUACGGUGCGCGUUGCAUGCGAGUUGCAAGCGGGCAUCAUCCCCUUCUUCUUCUUAUUCUUCUUCGUAUU